CCAAAGUCGAAGGAUAGCUCUGGCCUUUCAAUGGAAGAAAGUGCUAGAUUUGUCAGUGUUGUAUAAUAUAACCAAUUCCCAGUGUCCAUAUUUGUUUUGGAACGAUCGGAAUUGUCUUCAGUUAAUGUGAGAGACAGAACUGGCGUCAAACAUGCGUAAAAAUCAACGCUGUCCAAGCAGGGAACCACCGAGAAAGGAAUUAUCGCCGCUCAUCUGAGGCCAAUCUCGAUUAUUUUUGUCAAAUAAGGAAACAUAACAUAGCUAGUCAGCUAACGUUAGCUCCGUAGAUAGCUAGGUUAACGACAUAUCUUCACACAAAAGCAGAAUCCAGCAGAUAAUCAAGAUUGGAUCUACAUUCGCACAGCAGCAGGAAAACCUAUAGGCAGCAAUGGGUGCAUUCCUGGACAAGCCGAAGACGGAGAAGCAUAGUGCCCAUGGUGAGGGCAAUGGGCUGCGUUAUGGCCUGAGCUCCAUGCAGGGCUGGCGGGUGGAGAUGGAGGAUGCCCACACAGCUGUGGUGGGUCUCCCCUAUGGACUCACCGACUGGUCCUUCUUUGCUGUCUACGAUGGCCAUGCAGGCUCCCGGGUGGCCAACUACUGCUCCGGCCACCUGCUGGAGCACAUCUUAUCCGGAGGGGCGGGCUUCGGUUCAGGACCCCGCUCUGUGGAGGGUGUGAAGGACGGCAUCCGCUUGGGCUUCCUGAACAUUGACGAGUACAUGCGCGGCUUCACUGACCUGCGACAGGGCCUGGAUCGCAGCGGAUCAACGGCCGUGUGCGUGUUGCUCAGCCCGACCCACCUCUACUUCAUUAACUGCGGUGAUUCGCGGGCCGUGCUGAGUCGAGACAGCAAGGUGGGCUUCUCCACCCAGGACCACAAGCCCUGCAACCCCCGUGAAAAGGAGCGCAUCCAGAACGCUGGUGGCUCAGUCAUGAUCCAGAGGGUAAACGGCUCCCUGGCUGUGUCCCGGGCCCUGGGGGACUACGACUACAAAUGUGUGGAUGGUAAGGGCCCCACGGAGCAGCUGGUGAGCCCUGAGCCCGAGGUGUGUGUGUUGGAGCGAGUGGCUGAAGGAGACGAGUUCGUGGUGCUGGCAUGUGAUGGAAUCUGGGAUGUCAUGUCCAAUGAGGAGCUGUGUGAGUUUGUCCGCUCACGACUCCUGGUGUGUGAUGACCUGGAGAAGGUCUGUAACUCAGUGGUGGACACCUGUCUGCAUAAGGGGAGCAGGGACAAUAUGAGUGUGGUGUUGGUGUGUUUACCCGGAGCUCCCAAGAUCUCUGAGGAGGCUGUGAAGAAAGAAGAGGAAUUGGAUAAAUACCUGGAGACCCGUGUUCAGGAGCUACUGGGAAACUGUGGGGAGGGGGGAGCCCCUGACCUGGUGUCUGUCCUGAGGAGCAUUGCCACAGAGAACAUCCCCAACCUUCCACCUGGCGGCGGCCUGGCCAGCAAACGCAGUGUGAUCGAGGCGGUGUACAACAAGCUGAACCCUCACAGAGAAGAGGAAGGGGCCUGUGCGGGGGGAGAGGAGGAGAAUGAGGAGGGAGGUGGCAGUACGGCGGCUCAUCUGCUGGAGGCUCUGCGGCAGUUCCGCCUCCACCACCGGGGGCAGUACCGCGCGGUGCUGGAGGAGUCCAUGGCCGCCUACCACCUGCGGGGGGAGAGCGCUGCCGAGGGAGCAGGGGAGAGCAGCAGGACCUCAGACGACAAUGACAACGACGGCGAGGAGCAGUCCGCCUCCCCUCCCUCUCCCCCCUCGCCCCCGCCCUCACCUGCCACUGCAGAGCCAGAGGCCGGCCAAGAAGCACCCACCCCUGAGUCCGACCCCUCCUCUGACUGAAAACCCUGUCCGCGUAUCCACCCACCUACCCACCUAUUUACCCGUCUGACCCCAGAGCUCUAGUCAGAUGUGCUAUGACCUCUCCUCUUCACAGAACUUGAAUGGACACAUGGGCCAUAUCCGGCUCUGUCAUCGCCUGCAGCCUCAGCUGCCAUUGCUAUUCAUGAAUGUUUUAAUGAUUUGUUGGAAAGAAAAAAAAUGGCCCCUUUGUCAAUUCAAGUUCUGUCUGAGCCACACACGUACCAUCUACCUAAUGAGGACUCUUUCUGAUUUGUUUCCCUUGUCCUCUGACCACCUUGGCUUGGAUUACCCAAACUUUCCAGCCACUUUUACUACUUGACCACACAGAUCUAUGUUUACAAUGGCAAAGCAUCAAAACAUAUUAUUGUUAAGUGCAAAAGUGGCUGGUGAAGCAAAAAAAAAAAAAUUUAUGUUGCACUCUGACCUACAUUUACCGGCGUUGGCUUCUGGCUGAUCCCCUCCCCUCCCAGCUUCACCCCCACCCCUGCUUACAGUGGACAAACUGACAAAGAAACGGGGUGGAGGCACUCUGAACUGCAUCUGUGUCUCCAGGCCUACUCCAUCUACAGACUCAGAACACCCUCUUUUGUGUAUAUGUAUGUAUGUGUGUGUAUGUGUGUCUGCAUGAGUUUGAGAGACCAAGCAAAGACGCCAACGAUCACUGCAGAAAUUUGUGAUUUUGGUAGAGGACGAUACUUGAGUGUUAGUCCAUUUAUCAGCAUGAUCAGCGAUGUUGGGUUGUUCAAAUCACUGGGCAGUUUAACCACAGAGGGAUGCUUGUGUGGGUUGGUGUAUAUUUUUAGUUUGAGCGACAGUUCAUUUAAACCAUUCUCUCACCACAUAUCCCCGAUUCCACAUCACCACAGAUGAGUACACUGCCUCACAAUCACACACACACAAAGAGGUUAGAAUCUGUUCCUUUUUGCUGUUAUUCAGGUGGAUGUAAAUGUGUCAUUUACAGUCAAGAGGCCAAAAACAUAUUGUGGUACCAAGCAACCAAAGUGCUCGUAAUAUUCCUGUUUCUUUUGGCGUGGGAGACGGUCCUGAAUGGGAGCCUAGGGAAGCUCAGGGAAGCGGCUGUGCGGCUCUUUUGUGGAGAAUAAAGUUUGAAAAUACUUCCAAAAAAUCAUCAAUCUAACCUUUGUGUUGCUCGUUGAAGUUUGUUGUUGAUUGUGGAAUGAGCUCAGCGUUGCCCCCUUUGGCUGUUGAGGUGCAAAAAAACACAACUCCCCCAACUUAAAAGACCCUAUAGGUCCUUUGUCCCCAUCAUGGUUAUAAUAAUAAAAAUACAACCUGUCCAAGCGUACUGGUGGCAGCUGUACCGUUUCUUUGUUGUCAUGGUGACAGUGACAGACACAAGGUUGUGAAGUGAUCACAGUUUGGUUAAGUUUAGGCACAAAGGCUAUUUGAUUGUGUUUAGUGAAAGGUUGUGGUCUGGGUAAAGAUUUGUCCUUGAGAUUAGUUAGUAUGGCUGCUGGAGGUCGGCUAACAAUAAAGCAUAACUAUGGGUCAUAGUAAGCUGUUUGCACAGAUGAUCUAUGGGCUCAUUUUUUACAGGGCAGUUUUAAAAAACACCUGCUACAACUGCGCUUCUCACAGUAAUGAGAAAGUAAUGAGUCCGUUACAGCUUGACGCCACGUUGAGGCGACUGAUGCGACAAAUGUGAGAUGCUUUAUCGGAAGGUUUUGGGGUUAGGGGGUUUUUCUGUACUGUAUUUUUCAAACGUAUGGACACAGACGUUUCCCUGAGCAGAUGACAGAGCUGCUGUUGUCAUAUUAACAUGCUAAUGUUUGCAUGGUAAAAAAUCUACAUGUUUAACAACUACUGGAUUUGCUAUUGUUAGUCUGUAAGCAGUUAGCUGGUUACCUGACGACACCCUCAGACUAGCACAUUGUCAAACAUACAUGCAGUUGACAUGUUAGCAUAUGCUAAACUGUUACAUUUUAACAUGCUGACAUUUAGUAUUUAACUUGUUAGCAUGGUAACAUUCAGUAUGUAAUGUUUGCCCUGUUGUUUUGCUAAUAUGGUAACAUUUAUCAUGUUAACAUGCUGGCAUGUUAUCAUUCAUGUGUAAGACAAGUGGAAUAUUUGACCUGAUGAUGGCACUAGUUGGGGGAUUGGGACCACAAAUACUUUUUCCAAAUAUCCAACCAUCCAACAACUGCUGAACACACUGCGCCUCUCACCUCGGCCAACCAGUUACCAUCUCUAAAGUCACACUGCUAUAAUGACAUGGCUGACUGUAUCCAGUACACUUAAACGCCUGAUCUAGCACCUGUACAAUCAGUUACACCGGGACAACAGUGAAUGUGUUUUAUAUGAGAUGGUUGUGUAUCUGUAAUCAGUUCAAACUAUAGCUGAUGUAUUAAUGUACCUGUUUUUUUUGUUGGUUUUUGUUCUUCCUUUUUUUUUUUUUACUAAUUUCACACAGCUCAUGCUGCCGGACGCUGGUAUUAUCUGCGGUUUUAUGACUUUCACAGAUUCAUAAAACUCCCAUAUGCCGCAUAUUUGAUUCCUCACAGGUUAUGACGUAUUUGAAAAUGACACAAUCUCAAACUCUUACCUCGUUAUGGAGGUUGAUUCAGACAGACUGCUGAAGCUACAGUGUUUAUUCUUCCUCUUUGAAAACAGGUAGAGGGAGUCCGUAUAAUGCCCUGUACCCAAUCACUCUGGUAAUGCAUGCACUGCACUUAUCUUUUACAAUAUCUAAGGCACUUAACUAUCAGAGGGGAGGUUACGCUAAACACUGAGUGUGUGUGUGUGUGCGUGCGUGCGUGCGUGCUUGUGUGUGUGUUUGUGUAUGUGUAUGUAUGAGUUGUAUUUGUAUGGGGUUGCGUGGGCCAAAUCAGUCCCACAGUUAAAAAUGACAAGUGAACAAAUAAAAAUGAUUUGAGGUUUAAUGCUACGGUUUUGUGUCAAAUGUAUGAGUGUCUCUGAGUGUAAAGUGGCUGUACAGCUGUGUUUCUUCUCUGUCUUCUGUCUUUUGUACCAAAUGAGUCACCGUGCAAAUGUGUAAAUCAGGGAUGCGAUUAGGAAUUCGAAAUGCAGAAAAAAGCCACAUUUCUCCACUCGAAAUGAAUCGCAUGUCACGAAAAAUCCCCAGAAUCCCUUUCAGAGCUGAAGAUAGUAUGGUGGCAUUUGAUACAAGACCAACCCCUCAAACUUUUAGAGGCAUCUUUCAGUGUCCUUACAAUAUUUGAUGUGUUGUAUAUGUUUCUGUGUAGGCUUUGAAGGUUUUGGGAACAGCUCAAGCAGAAAAUAAAUCCUCACCUUCCUCGCCCUCCUCUGUCGGCUUUUAGCUCCAGCCUAGACUCGUAAUUUCAUGUCAACUGUUUAAAGAAAUUUUGAUCUGUCGUCUUCUUUAAAACAAUAACAACUCUCAGGUUUGAAACGUGUCAAACAAAAUAAGCGCCUGCCGUUGCAUUGCUUGAGCUGGCGUUGACGAGAGAGAGGGAAGCUGCGUAGACUUAUAGGGACUCCAUUCUCUCCAUUUCUCCCCUGUUUUUCAGCCUGACAGUUGGCCUCGUGAUUCUCUGCAAGGUGAGUCAUCAGAGGUCUGGGUUCUGGUUGUGUUAACGCACAGGCUGGGCAGGGGAAUCUUACUGUCUUUCACCAUUAUCCAUUCAUUUUGAGUAGAUAAAAGAGGGCAGUGAGGUUCCAAAUUUGCCAUUAUUCAAGGCACCAGGAGCUGUAUGUUAACUGCUGUAUUCAUUGGAGGAUUCAGCAACACAAAAAGCUAACGCACAUCUCUCCAUCUCUUUUCC